AUGGUGGUCAUUUUUAGCAAACUACGAAAGAAUCAAACAGCGCCAGAAGUGAUUACGCCACCACCGCCGUAUCGAAUGUGUUGCCCACCAGGAAGCCAUCGCCAUCGCCGAGAAGCAGAGCGCUUUUCCGAUUUCUCGAUUACCACGAGACGUCCACGACCAACUAUCUUGAUGCGAUCCGAAGCUGCGACCGGUGCUGCGACCACUCCCGCCACCUCCACCACCACCACUGCUACACGCAUGAUGGGUAACAAGGCGCCAACUACCCACCGAUUGGCAUCUUGUGAGCAAUUCACUACCAAGGUCACUUUCUUCUUGCUGGGCAGCUUCUUUGCGCUCUCCGUUUACUUGUUGAUUGCGAGCUUUCAACAUGUUUGCAAUUGGCCGACGGUAAAGACUUCUUCGAAAGUAGCAGAUCCAAGGAUCGUUCGAGAUAGACGCGAAGGCGCUGAAGAAGAAAUUGCCAUGGUUGAUCUUGGUGGUCUGGCUGCUGCUGCUGCUGCUGCUUCUGGCGAUUACGAAGGCAGCGUUGAGGGAAGUGGCGGCGACGCACCGGCUGCUGCUGCUUCGGCGGCGGUGGUAACUGUUGAAGUGGAAGGCUCCUCCGAUAGCACUGAUCCGUGGCCUUCUGACUGCGAGGACCCAUUGUGCUCCUAUUGCCGCGGCUAUUGCUACAAGAUCAAACCUGCCGCUGCCAACCGGGAUACGCCAACCAACAACGCCCAAGAUGACGAUUCAAAGGUAAACCAUUCGCCGGAUUUGGAAUUGAAACUUCCAAAGUUGGAGAUCACCGAGAACCAGAGCGAUCAAUUCCCCACAAUCAACCACGAUCCUGCGGCUGCAACCGAAGAGAAGCCUGCCACCAUUUUGCCGACGCCAACCACCAACAUGGCCAGCGGCUCUUCCACUUCCACUCUCGACUAUGAAUUCGUCGACAGCAUCUUCAACGAUUUCACCUCAGACGGAUCCGCUGUUAUUCUCGAGACUCAACUCGGCGACAAAGUCGAAUACGACUUUUUCUUCAAUUCAUUCUACAAAAAACUCAAGAUCACGCUCUCACCAAUUGUGGAAAACGAUCAAUCGAUGAAGGACAAUCAAUUACCCUGUUUUACUUUACGGCUGUUUGAAACUCAUGCAUAUGAGAUUGACAACGUCAAUACGCGACUCGCUGUCAUGUGGAUCGAAGAUGAUGAUAGAUUUAAAUCGUGGCGUGUUGAGAAUUGGGUUCAAUCUCAGCAAAUGAUGACUUUGAGCGCGAUCAAAAUCACUGGCAGACCCAAGUUUUCACCGCGAUAUGAUUUGGAGUGGGAAUUGGAGUUUCUUCGUGAUGCUUAA